AAACUUUUAGCCUCCCAAAUUUCUUCUUACCUCCGCCACACAUGGAGGCCACUGAUAUGGAUAUAGAAUUAAACCAACAAAACACAAAUAUCACCCCUAAUUCCAUGACCUCCUCAAAACGAUUUGGCCUAAAAAACUCUAUUCAAACCAAUUUCGGUGAUGAUUAUGUUUUCCAAAUUGUUCACAAGGAAGAUUGGACAUCGAUGGCGGUGUCUUUAUCGUCCAACGUUGUGAAACUGUAUUCGCCGGUAACCGGUCAAUACGUUGGGGAAUGCGGAAAGCAUUCGGAUAGUAUAAAUCAUAUUUUGUUAUCUGGAAGCAUAUUGUAUUCUGGUUCCAAUGAUGGCACUCUUAGGGCUUGGGAUACUCGCUCGUAUCAACAGGUGGCUUGUCUAAAUGCUGGUCCAUCUCAACAAGUGUUUAGCUUUUCAUUUGGUGGACCAGGGGAUAAUCUUCUUGCCGCAGGUUGUAAAUCUCAGAUACUUUUCUGGGACUGGAGAAGCAAAAACCAGGUUGCCUGCUUGGAGGAGUCUCAUAUGGAUGACGUGACACAGGUUCAAUUUGUACCAGAGCAAAAUAAGCUUGUAUCUGCCUCUAUGGAUGGUCUCAUUUGUACAUUCGAUACCAGUGGAGAAGUCAAUGAUGAUGAUCAUCUGGAAUCGGUGAUUAAUGUGGGAACAUCGAUUGGGAAGUUGGGGAUUUUUGGAAAAUCACAUGGCAAGGUCUGGUGUUUGACUCACAUUGAAACAUUAAGUGUCUGGGAUAUAAAAGAUUCAAAUUGUGAAGCUAAUUUUGAGGAUGCUCGUCCCUUGGCCUCUAAUAGCUGGAUGCAAGAUCAUGUUGACUACUUUGUUGAUUGUCACUACUCAGCUGUGGAUGAUCGCUUAUGGGUUAUAGGUGGUACAAAUGCUGGCAGUUUGGGCUAUUUUCCGGUAGCCCAUGGAGGAGGAAUGAGAUCAAUUCUAUCUCCAGAAGCAGUUUUGCAUGGUGGUCAUACUGGUGUUGUCAGGAGUGUUUUACCUUCAGCGACCAUGAGAAGUGGUAUGAACCAAACCCAGGGGAUUUUUGGGUGGACAGGUGGUGAAGAUGGACGGUUAUGUUGCUGGUUGUCUGAUAGUUCGUCGGACAUAAAUCACUCAUGGAUAUCAACUUCACUGGUUGAAAAAAAUCCUAAAAGUCGCAAGAAAAAUAGGCAUAGACCGUAUUAGGGUUCUAUUGAUGAGAUUUUGGUGUAUGUUGUACUGUAAUUCAUCUUUUUCUUAUUCUUAAAAUUAGUUUUGGUUGUAAUUUUCUUUUAUAAUUAUUAGUGUCUUUGUGUAAUAGUAUAAAGAAAAGUAACCAAUUCUUGGUACGAAAAUGUUUCAAGGUUUUUAUGUGCUACGUUAUCUAUGAAUCUAAGAUCCCUUGGGGUUUCUAGUGUUAUGAAGUUCUGAUAUGAAA